UUUAUCAGUCGUCUGGGGUUAAGGUACAAUCGUAAUGAUCCUUGAUUGUUAGUAAGCUACCAGUGCUCAAAGAAACGCGUUGUGUAGUGUACAAUCAUGGAAGAAAAUAAGGAUACUACUCAGAAAGAUCAAAUGCUUAAGCUGGAAACAGUAGACCGAUUGAUGCAAAUACCUGUUGUCGAAUUUGGAUUGAAUUAUGCUGGACACAUGUACGGGAAAAUUAAGGAAUCAAAUAAUGUUUUAAAUUGGACAUUCGGUCAAGCAGAAGGGUCGAUCCAUUUCGUCGUAUCUACCGCUAUGCCAGCUAUAAAUUUAUUUAACGGGCCAAUUACUAGUAUUGAUAAAAUAUUAUACCAGGGCUUGGAAAAAGUCGAGGAAACGAUUCCGUUGAUAACUCUUCCCCCGGAACAGAUUUAUUGCAAAACUAAGGAAUACAUAAACGACGUUGUACUGAAAAAUGCGAUAGUUGCAGACAUAGUACAAAAAGCGACAACUGUAACAAAUAUUGCUUUGGAAAGCAAGUACACCGGUAUAGCAGCUGACAGGCUAGAUAGUGCACUAAAUGUGGCCGAAAAGUAUCUGGAUCAGUAUCUACCAGCAGAUCCAAAUGACUCGGACAAGGAAGUACUGAAUUGCGAUACCGCACACAGCCCAGCGGAAAAGGCUUUACAUACUAUAUACCACGUAGAUAAAAUAUCACGCAAAUUUCAGCGAAGGCUGACGAAACGAACUUUGCUUGAAGCUAAAGCUUUAAAAGAGCAUAGUACUGAAGCUGUACAGGCAUUGUUGCAUAUUAUUGACUUGAUCGCAACUGAUCCAAAAGUUGCUCUACAAAAAGGCCAGGAGAUAUGGGCAAGCUUAAGUAAAUCGGAACCUGAAAAUCAGGUUCCACCUCAAACGAUAGAUGAAGUACUUUUUAUGUUAACUCGGGAAGCCGCGCGCAGAGUCGUACAUUUCGUCAAUUUUACAACUGGGGUUGUCAAGCAGUUACCAGACCAAAUGCAGCUACUUACCUCCAGAUGCAUACAUCUUGUGCAAGAUAUUUUUAAAAAUGGACACUUGGAAAGCAUAAAUAAAGCUAUUUACGCAACAGCCCGAAAUCAAGUACAUAGAUUUGCUACAUUACUCCACCAACUGAAUGUAUAUGCUACUGAAUUACUGGAGCAGGCAGCAAGAAAUCUGAAAGACAAGGAUGAAGUAAAUAAUGUAACCGGCGAACCAAAAUCUUCGAAGCAUUCUAAACACUCCCAAAAUUCGUGUCACAAAAAACCACCUCCAAAAAGUAAGGCUAACGGUAUCGAUAAUUAAGAAUUAAGCGAAAGCAAGUUUAAUUUACAUAUAGCUGUAGGUAUAUUUGAUAUUUAUUCAUUUGGUCUUAUUAGUUAUUUUAUUAGUAUCAUGCACGAUGUAUAGGCUUC